AUGUUCACACUGUCAACGGCUGAUGCACUCGAUUUUGCAGCAGCCUUUGAAGAUGCAGCGGAAGAACUGCAUAUCCUGGGUAAAUUAGUACCUUCACACUAUCAAUACACCGGAGCAUCGGAUGAGAUUGUACGAAAUCAAGUGGGACGUGUGUUGAGUGCGCAAAAUCGAACUGAAGACAUUUAUGAUGCUCAAAUCACACAACGAAGUCAAUUACAAAGGGACCGAGCCGAUGAAGAAUUCCAACAGCCCGAAGCAAAAGAAAGUCAAAGAUUAAUGGAAGAACUCAGUAAUGAAUUGAAGAAAACCACAUCAGAUUUGAAAACUGGCGUCAAUAAAAUCAAUCGAAUGUUUAAUCAAAACCCGCUUACAGCAGACAACAUGAAAAAAGUUGAAAAAGAUCGCACUUAUUUCGAGAAAUUAUUGACAAAAUCAAUUCUCGCUCUCAAUGAUCACAAAUCAAUUGAACCGCUGAAAAUGAUGAUCGAAGAAGAACAAGAAUCCAAAAACACAUUUCUUCGUGUUGUUCGAAGUGAAGAGGAAAGUCGCCAACGGAUCAAAGACUUGACUCAACAGAUUCAAAGUGUUCGUCAAGAGAAAAUCACGGAAUUAGCCAAACGUGCUGAAGUUAUAGCGUAUCAAAAAGAUCAAUUGCAAGAGGCAAAAGCCAAGGCUCAAUUAGAAAUCACAUACGAGAAGAAACAAUGCGAAAACUAUCUCGAGCAAGUCCGCGCACGUUGUGCCAUUGCAGAGCAGGAAAUGCGGCGAGAUCAAGAUUCUUUAGAAAACCGUACGGAAGAUGAAAUGAAAUCGAAUUCGGAAACUGAAAACUACUUGCGUGUUUAUAUUAAAGAAACAAUUCAAAAAACAGACAAAUGGCUGGAGACAUACAACUCAGAAACAGCUGCCAUGCAAACUAGGCUUGAUAAAUUAAAAGCAGCACGAGCAGCUGACUUGGCUACGUAUCAAAAGAUUGCCGCCGAUUUCACAUUGUAUGAAAAAGUUGUUCGAGAAGAUCGAGCAGAGAAAGAACGUCGUCGUCGGCAAUUAGAACGUGAGCAACAACAAAUGUUUGCUGCGAUUAAAAUACAAUCAUGGUGGCGAGGAAUGCUUGUUAGAAACGCUAUUGGGCCGUACAAGAAGAAAAAAGGGAAAAAAGGAAAAAAGAAGAAGAAAUAG